UCCUAAAAUUGAUUUAUUCAUGUUUUUAAAACACAAUUAAUGCCAUAUGUGCUAGUUUUUACUACAAUUUUAGCAUGCAAUUGAUAUAGUAAAUUCAGUCACUGCUUCACGCUAUAAUCGAAAUUAUAACAGUCUGUGGUUUUACUGGUUUUUGUCGAUUUCAAAAUUUAGUAAUUAAGGUUAUGUAAAAAUGUCAGCGAUGCGAUUAGCGCUAUAAAAUUUCAAACGUGGCUCCGAAUGAAACAGUUAUAAAUAAUAUACGCUCGUGCAGUGGAUUAAGUGGAUCAGUAUGUUGACUCACUUUGUAGCUAUCGCACUAUUUAUAUUAAAUAUAACGGUGUUAAGCAGCGCACAGUUGCUGGAAGGGCUCUAUUGUGGCAAAGAAAAUUGCUACGAUGUCUUGGAAGUCACCAGGGAAGCGACGAAGCAAGAAAUAUCCAAGAAUUACCGAAGGCUCGCCAAGCAGUACCAUCCCGAUCUUCACAGGACGCCAGAAGCCAAGGAAAAAGCGGCGGAGAGAUUCAAAGAAAUAGCCAAUGCCUACGAGAUAUUGAAGGAUGAAGAAGCUCGAGCCGAUUACGAUUACAUGCUGGACAAUCCCGAUGAGUACUACGCCCAUUACUACAGGUAUUACAGAAGAAGGGUUGCACCCAAGGUAGAUGUACGAAUAGUUAUAAUAGUCACGAUCUCUAUAAUAUCGGCUAUACAGUACUAUAGCGGCUGGCAGAGGUACGAUAUCGCUAUUAAAUAUUUCAUGACGGUACCAAAGUAUAGAAAUAAGGCUUUAGAAAUAGCUAAGGAAGAGAAACUGCUAUCGUUAGACGAUAAAAGAGGAAGAAGGGAUAAAAAAGAGCAGAAAGAGGAAAUGGAGAAGGUUAUACGAAAAGUUAUUGAGGACAAAAUGGACAUUAAAGGGGCUUAUGCUAAACCUACAAUUAAAGAUAUUUUAUGGAUACAGUUGAUAAUGUUUCCUUACACGGUGCUCAAAUUUAUUUAUUGGUAUUUGUCGUGGUUUUGGAGACACACUUUACUAAAACAACCGUACAACGAGGAAGAAAAAUUGUACAUUAUUAGAAAAAACAUGAAAAUGAGCGUCCACCAAUUCAAUAGCCAAGAUGACAGCAAGGUGCAAGAGUUUUUGAAUGCGAAGUUAUGGAUAAAAGAAAAUUUCAAGGAAUGGUUUAAGCAAGAAGAAGAAAACGCCAAAAAACAGUUAGCAGAAAGUAACAAAUACAAACAGUACCGAAGGCACAUCAAGAACCACGGUUUCGGAAGAAUGACAUUUGAUGAUUCAUAAUAGGUCAAAUCUUUUUUAAAUGAACAUUUAACAAAUUAACCAUUAUUUAUUUUACUCGUAUUAUACCUUUUAAAUCUUGUAAGCUCCAUAUUUCAAUUUAUAUCAAUCAACAUUAUUUGUUAUGCUUGAUUAUUUGUGCUUUCUCUUUUUACAUUGUAAUGUAAUCAAUCAUUACUGCGUAACGUUUUUCGGUAAAUAAAUUAUACUUCUUU